UGGACCCGUUCGCAAUAAGAAUACAAAACUUCUGCAUUCUCAACUACCUGCAGCAGAUCCAAGUCGCAAACUUUCUGACAUUGGAAGUUCAUAUGGUGAACAAUGGAGUGUGUGCACAAACCAGGAGACGCGUUUGGUUGCGUUCGGUUCGAUCACAUUGGCCACACUAGCAACACAUGUAAAGCAAUGCUAUUUUCGAACAUGGAAAAUGAAGAUAGAGUUCACUUCUGCUGUUCAGAACCUGCAUAAUGGGUUGCCUAAAGUUCCUGGCACCAAAACAGCCAUGGAUACCAUGAUUGUAGGGCCGAACCAAAGUUAUGUGUUUUCUUUUGAUUUGUGUGGUGUGUGUGAUAAAUACCUGGUAUGGAAGUGUGUCAUCACUAAUGUUGCUCAUGGAUAUAAAGUUGCUGUUUUGAAUGGCAUGAGUGAGUUUUGUGACCCUACCCAAAUCAAUAAAGCUACUGAAAUAUUAGAAAAAUCUAGUAUACAUAUGCAUGCAAAUUCUUCCUUACAGCUUGAUUUGAAAACUGUUCCAUUUAAUGAUAAAAUAUGGGAGACCGUAUUUCCUUUAACACAUCUAGAUCUAAACAGCAAUGUGAUUAUUACUGAAAACUUAAUGGACAACUGCAUUAACGCCAUGCAUGAAGCUAAUUGUGCAGGUGUUUUAAAAUCCUCUGGAAUUCACAGUCAUAUUGCUGACUAUAUUGUAAAAAGUAGCGCAUGUGAAAUUUUUUCAAAUGUUACCGCAGUACCCGGCAAUGAAAUUGCAAUAGUAAUUUGGCAAAAUAAUAUCCAUAAGCGAAUGUUUUACUUUGUUAUUACAAAAUGCACAAACAUGGUGGCCACUUUCACAUUACAAUUAUUUGAUAAUGUUAGCAGGGACAAUCCAAAAUUGUAGGUACAACAUUAUUUGCACUGUAUGUUUUAAUUCAAGUUUUAAUUUUUUGCUUGAAAUUUCUGCCAAAAUGUCUUCAUUUUGUUGAGUAUGCAUUUACAGAAUUUUUAUAAUUUAAAUACGAUUAUGUAUCUGUAUUAACGGCACUAUGCUUAUUUAUUUUAUAUAUGAUACAAAACAAUUGUAUAUCGUAUGUGCAAUAAAAGUUAAUUUACUCAAAA